AUGAGGUUUAUUGUAUCGCCGUAUGUGCGCACAAUCGAGACGUUUGGCGGCAUCCUCAAGGCUCUGGACUUUCAAAGGCCAGUUCGUGCCAUGGACCGAAGAGCCGCGGAUCCGAGAACAGGACUUGGCAAUUUCCAGGAACCGGUGAAGAUUCGCGAGUGCAAGGCCCAGCGCCGACGAUUUGGUCGUCCGAGGGAGAACUACGUGCUCGUGACGCACGGCGUGGCGAUCCGCGUGAUCCUCACGCGCUACUUCAAGUACCGCAUCAGCAGUUUGAGGCUGCUCGAGAACUUCCACAAUGGCGAGUAUGUCGUGCUCGAGUUCGAUGAAAGCGUCAGGGGCAAGCUCGUGCUCAAGACCAUCGUGUCGAAUGACGUGCACCUUUUUCCGGACGGCGGUGUGGCGGAUGCAAACAAGCGAGACCACACAGCUGCGGACCCGCUCGAGCGACACGCUGUCGAACCUGUCUGGACUGAGUUCAACGUCACCGACCGGUCACGAGCGAUACCCGCCACCGCCAAUGGCAAGCACGCUGUCAUUUUUACAGCACACACGUCGCCUCCGCUGUCAAUUACGUCCAAGUGUGUCGAUGCCUCGUCGCUCGCCAAGUCGCGCCUGACAACUACUGAGGUGCCACCACAAUAA